CAAAAUUCAAUUUACACUUAAUUUUAGAUAUUUAUUUCCCCUCAUUACUAUAUUUUGUCUCUUUCCCCGCUCUCGUGCUCUCACCGCCGUCUGCGUAACGGUCGCCGGCCGCAUUACGCCGUUAAAUCCGUUCCUUCCGCCGACAUUUCGAAAAUCAGCUCCUCCGAAGUCUACCUGACGUACUCCGAUUCGAUUGAUAUACUCGAAAGCGUUUUCUUAGUAGCAGGUUGAACACUAUGAUUGGAUCGUUUCUAACAAGAGGACUUGUAAUGGUGUUUGGAUAUGCGUAUCCUGCUUAUGAAUGCUACAAAGCUGUUGAGAAGAAUAAGCCUGAGAUUCAACAGCUUCGUUUCUGGUGCCAGUACUGGAUUUUGGUGGCUGCUUUGACGGUUUUUGAAAGAGUUGGGGAUACUUUCGCUUCUUGGGUUCCUUUGUACAGCGAGGCAAAGCUGGCGUUUUUCAUCUAUCUUUGGUUCCCUAAGACCAGAGGAACUACAUAUGUUUACGAUUCUUUCUUUAAACCAUAUGUUGCAAAGCACGAGAAUGAAAUCGACCGCAACUUAGUUGAGCUAAGGACCAGAGCUGGUGACAUGGCGGUGAUAUACUGCCGAAAAGCAGUGUCCUAUGGACAGACAAGAGUCACUGAUAUCCUGCAGUUUGUAGCUCUACAAUCAACGCCAAAACCUCAACCUAAAGAAAAGAAGCAGACUCCACCAGAAGCAGAGGAACAGAAACAACCGGAUCUUAAGGUGGCGAGCCAAGCAGCUUCUAUUCCUCAACCGCGUCCACAACCUAAGAAACCACAGCUUCAAACCAAAGAACCUAUAUCCGUAAAGCCUAAUAUAUCUCCUCGUAAGCAGUUGCAAGCAGAAACCAAGGAAGCAAAAACCAGCCCUUCACUCACUUCUCUUCCUCCACCAUCAUCACCGUCAACCGCCACUAAACCAAACGCUGAUCCAGCACAGCCAUCAUCAACUACAGAGGCAGAGAAAGCUUCAGAGACUGUUGCUGCAACGUUACCUGCGUCUGCGAUAAAGCGAGCGUCAUCUUCGAAAGAGACAAUCAAAGAGACAAUAAUGGAGGAAACACUAAGGGUCACACGUGGGAGUCUGAGAAAAACUCGCUCAACGGGAACACGCUAA